AUGGAGCCCACAGGGCCGCCACAACUCGACUUCUCAAAGUAUACUUCUGGCAACAUCAAGGAACGGGAGCUCUUUUGUAGAAAGCUUCGGAUAGCGUUACAGCGAUGGGGCUUCGUCAGCCUGAUCAACUACGGAAUUCCAGACGCAGAUAUCGAGGAGCUGUUCCAGUACAGUCGACGCUUUUUCGCCUUGACAGACGCCCAGAAGAUGUCUGUCCCGCAUCCGCCUGUGCCAAAUCCACAUCGAGGAUACAGCUUCGUUGGCCAGGAAUUCACUUCGAGUCUCAGUCGGCCACGAGAAAAAGAAGCACGAAAUGGACGACGACUGCGGGACCUGAAAGAGACCUUUGAUUGGGGCGCGAUUGACGAUCGGCUCUACCCGAGCAUUUGGCCGGAAGAUGAGAUAUUGCCCGGCUUCCGCGGUGUGCUGGAGUCACAUUUUGCUAGAGCACACAAGCUUCACCUGACCAUUCUGCGAGCUCUCGCGGAGUGCACCGGUGCCCACCCGGAUACAUUCCUGCAAGCGCAUAGGGGGAACGAUAGCGAAGCACGUCUAGCGCACUACCCAUCAGUCAAGUCUGGUAGUCUUGGUGCUGAACGAGGCACCUCAAGGAUAUGCGAGCACACCGAUUCGGGCUCUGUGACACUGCUGUGGCAAGACUCUGUGGGUGGGCUCGAAAUCGAAGAUCCGCUGUCACGACACUUCAUCGAAGUACGCAACCCUGCACCGGCAGUCCUGGUCAACCUUGGAGACGCGAUGGAGCGGUGGAGCAAUGGCGUUCUUUCCGCAGCCUAUCACCGCGUAGGAAAGCCAUCCUGCCAUGAUGCCCAGGGCGAAGUUCCAGAGCGAUAUUCCAUCAUGUACUUUGGUAAGCCGGAUCGCGCCGCCAGCCUGGGACCGCUUGCACAAUACGUGACCGCCAGUAGGCCAGCGAAAUAUGCCGAGGUUACCGGCGACGCGUUGAAUCAGGGGACGCUGCAGCGCACCUAUGAGCCUGAAGAGGCGGAGCUGACCAGGUUUGGGCAGUCGAACAGGCAGUAGAUGCAGAAGAGGUGGGAAGCUGAAGAUACAACAAGGAGUGGUGGUGGUGCGGGAGCUGACAUUGGUGUGAAAUCCAUGCCAUGACAGUCGGACGUUGGCACAAGCUUUCUGCUAGGCCGAAGGGGUGUUAGCGCAGAAUAGACUAAGUGCUCAGCCGCGGUCCUCCCGUCGGGCCCGUCCUCUGCCAAGACUCACAAGGCUCGAGCUCGAGCUACCUUACCGCAGAGAAAUCUGCGGUUGACCACGCUAAAAGCGGAGUUAACCAACGUCCGUAUAGCCGAGCCUGUGCGUAACCGUGUAUAUAGUCAACCGCAAAUUAGCGCCU